AAACCGGCGCUUUCGAAUCUCAUGAAUAGUCCCGAAAUCCUGUCACAUGCCUUACUCGUCAAGUUCACACGUUCCUCUACUCCCUUCAGAUGCACGCCAUAAAUUGCAGCUCAGAAAAUGCUACAAUGAUUCGGCAAAUAUGGGGAAAACAGAUAUAAGGCGGCAUGUGCGGGAUACUGAUCAUGAUACUUCUUUACGACUUGGUAUCAAACGGAGAUACAAUUCACGUGGCAACAGUAAUGCGGUCAACUAUCAUUCGGGAGAACAAAAGCGAAUAAGAAAGUCAAGCCCCGGCUAUGGCUUUCCUAAUGCAGAAAGUCAUAACUCCGAUGAAGAAUGGAAUCUGGGAAUAAACAAAACUGUCCCUCGUAAAGUAACUAGUUUAUCUAGGAAUCCUCUGUUAAGUAUUCGACCACAUGGUUACGGGAAUCGAUUUCAAGGUUACGAUCCCAAUCAAGCUACUGUACCCAACAAAUUCAAAAACUACAGGCUGGAUGUUAAUAAUGCUAAUCAAAAUAUGGAUAAUGAGCAACUUUUAAUGUUGUAUUACAGUCAUAUGUAUCAACAGUACUAUCGAACUUAUACGGCGACUGCUCUCUCAUUGUCAAAUUAUCCCAAUGCUGACUUGCUACCUGCUGUUGCAGCUGCAGCUGCUAACAAUUCAGGUAUUCCAUCGGAUCUAACUUCUAUGGGAUCGGUACUAUCAAGUGGUAAUAGUUUUGAUUUUUCCAAACAUAACCGAGAUGUAAAUAUACGUGGAAGGCGUCCAAAAAAAUAUCAUAAGCAUGAGUCAUCCAAUGUUUCUUCCCAUUCACCUGAACAACGUCAACACUCACAUUCCCGUACUUUUCGAUCUAAUAGAACAAACGACUCUUCUCGUUCCUCUGUGAAAGAUACAGUUGCAAAAGGGAAAGGAUUUAGAAAAAGAGAAUCACCUAUCAAAGUAAAAAAGAUAGAAUACACUUCUGAAGAAAGUGAUGACCAUUGCCCAGAUUACGUCAGUAAUGAUCAGCUUUGUAAAGGGAACUCAGCAAAUGAUGAUAAUGAAAUUCAACAGAAAUCUUCCAGACGCGUUGUUCGUAGACGUAAGUUUUCUAAGUAAAGCGUAUUCACCUUUUGGUUCGCCCUAUCAAUCUUAGUUAAGUUGCUUUAAAUUACAUAUCUUCUACAACAUUUCACCUUUGGAAAUAGAGGAUAUCUGUGGAGUAUUAGUUUAUGAUUGUAGAUACCUCUGAAGCAUCACUGGUGUAUGUCGGGACUAUCAAUUGAGUGAACAGUGUUGAGAUUAGAUGAAACGUACUAGGUAAAGAUGACAUAUUGAUUGAUGAGGCUGUAAAUUUUAAAGUGAGUUAGUUGAGAUAUUUAUUACGUAUGCCCAAUCACCACUAACCUUUACGUGCAACGUUUUGUCUAGGGAGUAGUUUUGAAGAAAGUUAGGGGUGGGUAAAACAAUACAUGACACUAGUCUCUUGAGUUAUUGGCAUUAAGGAUAGGUUGUAUAAGUAGAUUCAGGUUGUCUCGUUGUGGUCCUCUCUAUUUUCGUAACCAAUUGAUAGAUACUCUGUAUGACAUGGUUUUGGUGCGCUUACUGUUUUUCUUCUUAGGUUUCUAAACCACCGUAUAUUUUUUUAUCCCACGAAUUCAUAUUGUCUUCUUAGCCCCCAAAUGCCAUGGAGAGAAUCAGCUGUCGAAAUGCUCUCACAUGACCAGUGAGAGCCAAUGGAAGUUCACUGUUUCACUUCAUUCAUAAUUCUUGUCAAUAUCUAAAUUAAUAGGGGGCAGAUUUCUUUAUUUUUGUCACAAAAAAUCACUUUGUACCAUAAACUCUUUACAACAUUCGUUCAAAUUUUAUUGAUCACUGGAAAGCUCGUAAUCAUUACUGUGAUAAUUAGACGUUGGAUGCAUAAUUGCUGUGUUCUUUUUGCUUUUGUACUGAUGCGUUUACAGUCACUUGUAAUUAUUAAGUAACUUAUUUCACAUUAACACCAGUUCACAGUGACUAAUUAAUCAAGAAUGUCAUAUCGGUGAUAAUUUUUGAAGUAUAUGUCGAUUUCGAUUACAUUCGCGUAUAUCGGUAGCUGUUUAUUUCUUCCUUUUUGGAAUUGUAUCAAUAUUGUUCUUCCAUAGGAUAUAAUAUUCAGCGUACAGAUCAAGUUAUUUGCUUAUUGUUUGUUAAAUCAAUCAAUAAAACUGCUUUGUAAAUCAUUUUUCUACUUGACUAUUACUUUCAUAUCUGAUGUUUUAUAUUUGGAUUGUUAGAAAGUGUUCAUACUUUUGGGUUAAUAUUUUCUUAAACUAGGCUCGACUGUUGAAACUACUACGUCAACCAGACAGAAAGAGGAGUCAGUUCAUGACGAAGAUAAUUCCAAAGUAGUAACAUCAAAUACGUCUGAAAUUGUUACUGAGUCUAAACAAUCAUUCGGAGCUAAUAAUGAAGUUAGCACCACAGAAGCAGUGUCACCGAAUGAAACUGAAUCUGUUGAAGAAGGUGAGGCUAAGGAUGAUGAUACAUAUGGUGAGGAAAGCGAAGAAAAUGAAGGCGUACUUGAAGAAUCAUCAAGCGAAAACGAAGCUGACAGCUCACGUGAAACAGUUAGCUCAAAUCAACAAAACCAGAAAAAGGCGAAUAAUUUAUCAGAAUCAAAAUCUUCAAAGGUACAGAAAACUUCUACAUCCUCGACAUUUAGCCGAGUUGCAGCAGAAGGCAAGAGACGACAUGUUGAAGUCCUGCCUACUGACACUUUACUUCCUACGUCCACUGAGUAAGUCAUUUUACAUAAGGAUGAUUAGAUCCACAAACGUUAUUUCAUUGACUAAAUCUCAUAUUUUCCACCCUAGGUUUGAUCAUGAACGUGGACCACUUUUACCUACACCAGUGGAUGUGGAUAGACGACAUUUAAGAUUUCGUAACUCUGGUAAUGAUUUAUCAUUAUUCCCUGGUUGUGCUACAUCACCUCAUAUUCCAAAUGUCUUGGAAGCUGCUGCACUAAUGUCAGGUCUUUGUCCAUCUCUAUUUCCGUCUAUGAAUCCAUCGAAUUUGUUAAAUACUCUAAGAUGUCCUCCUGUUGAUUUCGCUCCACCAUUUUGUGAUCUAUUUAAUUUACCAAACCCAAUUGAAAUUCAGAAACAAAUAAAUAGUUUAAAGUUGAACUGCCAUCCUCCAUCUGAGUCAUCAGAACCUAAGUCUGGACGAAGUAAACAUGAGAACUCCAAAAUAAGAAGUGAUGUCAGGGAAAUUCGUUCCACGUUUAAUAAAAAUUACAACAUAAAAACUCGACAUGGGAAUGACUCAGACACUGAAAGUAAUAGUUCUUCUGGUUCAGAUUAUCAGUCUAAUGUUGUAGUACGCAAAUCUGUUAAUAGACCACUAUCUUCAGAUAGAUGUAUGUUUGAAACCCCAAAGAACAAGCAUUCAGGGAAAUUUUCAACAACACGUAAAGUGAAAGAUAAAAUGAAAAAAGAACAGGAACCAGUAUCAGACAAACAAGAAUUCUCCCGUAAAGGCAACAAAUAUAUGUCUCCUGAUGAUGCGCCUGGUCCGUCAGAUACAAAUUCUAAUAAACCAGUCUCGCGUGUUCCACGAGGUCCUAGAACACCGUCUAGUCCACCGUUAUCUUCUCAGGAUGAAGGUGAUUCUGGUGGUACAUGUUCACAUUAUGAUUUAUCCCGUGAAUCUUGCUCCAGAAGUUCUCUUAAUAAUAAAACGCGUAGACAAAAUGAGAUAACUAGUUCCAUAUCAGGUCGCUGUUUGGAUUCAUCGAAUUCAAAUGAAAAUCUAUCUGUAAGAAAACCUGUUGUGUGUACAAAUUCUCAAUCGUCAAAUAACAGAUCACCGAAGACACGCUCCUCAAAGCAUAAUACUAAAAUAAUGCAUAGUCGAGAUUAUCACAGCUCCAACUGUUCCAACUCAUCCACUUCCGCAUCUACUUCUCGGUCAAAUUCUUAUGGAGCUCCAAAUGUCUGUAAUACUUCCAAUAAAAGAAAGAGAUCUACAAAUCGACAUAUUACACAUUCCAAUGUAGGCAUGUCCUACGAAGAUAAUUCCCCCAACCAAUCAUCACAGUUUGCAAAUUUUCGUAGCGAUGAUACUGGUGAUAGCAGUGACAGUUCGGAUCAACAAAACCGUGCACUACCUGCAGCCUAUGCAAAUCCUCAUCAAACCGACCGACAUCGGUCACAUUCAUCCGGUGAUGUUGAACCUCCACCUGCUCCUUCUCCUCGUAGUUCAUCUUCUUCCACUUCAUCUUCAUCAUCCUCUCGUUCAUAUUGUCACAUUCGCUCAAGUUCAAGUAAUCUUCCAGGAAAUAACAAGAUCCAAGUAAUAUCAUCUGGUUCUUCACGUCAUUCAUCAACGUCUCAAUCACAAGACAGAGGUAGACAUAAUCAGUCGAGGUCGCGACGGCAAGGUAUUAAACCGAAACCAAAAAAACUAAAUGAUAGCAAUGAUCACAAUCGACAAACCCGCUCUUUAAAAGAGAAGAAAAAGCUGUCUGCAUCCGUGUGCCAUAGAAGUUCUGAUUCUGGUGAUGACAUCGAUGACAACAAUAGAAGAGAAAUAUCGAAUCCGGUUUAUAGUUACCGUGAUUCUUCAUCAGAUCUCAAAGAUAUCUCUUCUAAAGAGUCAUCCAUUUUGAGACGUGGUGAAGAUGGUUGUUCUGACGUUUCUGAGGAUGAGAGCUCAACACCAGGUAAUCGAAAUGUGCGUAGACAGUCCUCUCGUUCUCCAACUUCUUCUUACACUUCCUCAAGAAGUACUGAUCGCAAUGUGCCAAAUCGUAGAAAUAAAGAAAGAGUGAUGGAGAACAAAUACAAGCAUUCCAAGCGAAAGCCAUGUACUCCUGAUUCAUCAUUAUCGAAUACUCGCAAAUAUGGGCAGUCUAAAAACCGGAUUGAACGUAAUAUUGAAGAAAAACAUUUUAAUAACAACCGUAAACGUGCUUUGCUUUCUCCACCAACGAGUACAAAACUUGAAACUAAAAUAUGGAGAUCAAGAAAAGGUUAUGUCAAUGAAGUUCCCUCUUCAUCUUUACGACAUCCUCAGCUUCCAAACUCUCAUCACUCAGUGAACAAGAAAGUUUUUCAUGGGCAAGUUACUUCGAAAACAUCCAGGCGUUCGAGUUCUAUAAAAAAUCAACGAGAAGAAAGUUCUUGGUCAACAAUGGCUCAUGAACGUCAUACUCGCGAUGAUCAUUAUGUUAGUAAGUCAUUUAAAUCUGGAACUAUGCAUAUUGAUAUGACUGAUAGUUCAUCUCGAUCGAGACCACCUCGUUUUGGACAUACAACCAAUAACAAGGAUACUAAUGGUAUGCGACAAAAUUACGCCUCUAGGAAUUAUCCUGUAAAACAUUCACACAUUAAAACAGAUGUACAUGACUCAAAAUUACAUUGGUCUAAAAGUGGCAACUCGAGAAAUUUUCGCCCACCAGUUACCUCUUCGAGUCAAUCACCUAUCGGGAGAGUUGGAAAACAUGUUGGGGCAUCAAGUGAUCAUCAUCAUCACCAGAAUGCGCGUAAAAAACAAACAGAUAUUGUUUGGGAGCCUGGUCCUAAAAGUAUUAAAAAGGUGAAUAAUAACUAUUCAACUAAAGUUUCCAGUUCUAAAGCACUUUUAAAAACACCUGAAACAACUUCACGGCGUGCAGAUCAUCAUCAUCAUAGUCAACAUGAGUCGUCUAGAGACUCUGAAUCUCAUAAUUCCGAUUCUUCAAGUAGCUCAUCUUCUCCUGAAGAAGAAGACGAUGAUGAAGUUGUCGAUGAUGUUGACGGUCAUCUGAUCUAUAGUAUUGGUGAUCGUUUAUUGAAUCGAUACGAAAUUGUCAAGACACUUGGGGAAGGUACAUUUGGUAAAGUUGUUGAAUGCAAAGAUCAUGUACAAAAUCGUAGAAUUGCUUUGAAAAUUAUCAAAAAUGUUGAUAAAUAUCGUGAAGCUGCUAUGCUUGAAAUCAAUGUUUUAAAUUUCUUAAAUGAACGUAGUGCAAAUGUUGAACAUUUAUGUGUAACCCUGUUGGAUUGGUUUGAUUAUCAUGGACAUAUUUGUUUGGCAUUUGAUAUACUUGGAUUAUCUGUUUUUGAUUUCUUGAAAGAAAAUAAUUAUGUCGGUUAUCCAAUGGAACAUGUUCGUCAUAUAUCUUAUCAAUUAUGUUAUGCUGUUCGAUUUUUACAUGAUAAUCAAUUAACUCAUACAGAUUUAAAACCCGAAAAUAUAUUAUUUGUUGAUUCAGAUUAUAUAUCAGUACAUAAUCGUAAAAAACGUCGACAUGAACGUAUGGUUAAAUGUUCCGAUAUACGUUUAAUUGAUUUUGGUUCAGCAACAUUUGAUUAUGAUCAUCAUUCUACAAUUGUAUCAACAAGACAUUAUCGUGCACCUGAAGUAAUACUUGAAUUAGGUUGGUCUCAACCAUGUGAUGUUUGGUCAAUUGGAUGCAUCAUGUUUGAAUUGUAUACAGGUUAUACACUAUUCCAAACUCAUGAUAAUCGUGAACAUUUAGCUAUGAUGGAACGUACUUUAGGUCAUAUUCCUUAUCGAAUGACUAGAAAGUCACGUCGAACCAAAUACUUUGAUACAUCUGGCAAUCUUUUAUGGGAUGCACAAUCACGUGAAGCCAAAUAUGUUCUGACACAUUGUCGUCCAUUCCGGCGUUAUUGCAAAGAUGAAAGUCAAGAUACACUUGAUCUAUUUGAUUUAAUGUCUAAGAUGUUAGAAUAUGAUCCAGCAGAUCGUAUUCCUUUGUCUGCAGCACUUACACAUCCAUUCUUUUUACAUUUACCAUCACAUCAACGUUUAACAUAUACUCUUCAUCCAUCAGAUACAAUUCCACCUAAUGAACGUCGUACAUCCGGUUCACGUAGUGGAACAAAUAAUCAACAACCAUCAACAACAGCGAAUAAUGGCUCGUCAUCUUCAUCAUCAGUAUCAUCAGAUGUUAAGCGUAAUAGGUGAAGAUCGUCACCGGAUAAUAAUUAGUAUUUUUAUUCUAUCAACAUUGAUAGUUAUCAGUUAAAAUUGUAAUGUUUUUGUUUUUGCUUUUCACUUAUUUUAUCUCCUCAAAUUGAGAAGAAGAAGAAAAUCAUACCAUUUUUCUUUCGAAAUAAUAAUAAUAAUAAAACUCCUCCUCGAAAUACUUCACUGUUCAAUUUGUUUUAUGGUGUUCAGCACACUAAUAUAUGUUACAAUAAACACAUAUAUUUUGUUGUUCAUGUAUAUAGAGUUUUGUAAUAUGUUUAGUGUGUGAAGAUUGCUAAAGUCUCUAUCUUUCACUUAUCGUUAUUGUUGUCGUUGCCGUUGCCGUCGCUAUCAUUGUCUCCUUCCUCUUCGAAUUCUUGAUAUUCUUUUUUCCUAAUGAAAAGAAGGUUGGUAUGAAAAAGAUAUUUUGAGGUUUGAGCAUUACAAACAUUACUUUCAUUCUUACCUACUAUUAUCAUGCUGUCAGAUACACAUACAUAUUGUUUGUUCUCUUCUUCCCAUCUCUGUAUGCUUAUUGUCUUUCGUUGGUAUUUCAGUUUUUAUCCUUUAACCUUCUUUUUAUUGCUUGAGACUAUGGGUCAUCUAUUCAUAUGUAAUUGUAUGUGUUCUUGUUUACAUUUGAUAAAUUUCUUCCUGGUAAAUGAUGAAUAGUUCAUCAGUUACUAUUUUCUUGUUUGGUUCUGUUUUUGAUUGCUAUCGUGUAGAGAGAAAAAAGAAAGAAAGUUUUGCUUGUUUCAACGUUUAUAUAUGUAUACAUUAUUGGGAUUCAUAAACUUGGAUCGAUGAUAAAAGGAUGUAUUUGCAUAUGACUCGAUGUUCCGUUUGAAUUAUUGACAUGAUACAGCCCAUCUAUGUCAUGUAUGUGUGUGUGUGUGUGUGAUGAUAAUGUACACUUUGAAUUUUUUUGUUGUUGAGUACUUAUAGGUGCUAAGUUUUUGUUUGAAUUUCUUCAUGUGAUUAAAAUGAAAUAAGAAUGCAUGCUAAAUAGUGUAUCUCAAUUCUUUUUGUUCCCCUGUCAAGCAUUCUAUCGUAAAUAUCAGUGAAAACAACAGGUCAGUGAUUGUUUGUCUAAUGAAUAUUCUAAUGAGUCUGAUUAAUAGAAGCUCUUCUCAACAUUAUUCUAUUUCAUUCUUUCUCUUCUUCUUUUGUAUCCUUUUCUUCUCUUUCACUUUCUCUCGCACAUAUAUUGUACACCAUGUUUUCUUCAUUUAAUGAUCAUUAUCAUAAUUAGUUUGUAUGAAUCUGUUGUCAUUCAAUAUAGCAAUGUGUUUUAAUGAAUUAUCGGUUGGUUUGUUGUGCUUGAUAGUAUUCAUUUUAUUUUACAAAUGAAUGAUGAAUUAAUGAACCAUUAUUAUUGAAUAAUAAUAAGUAGUAACAGAGAGUUACGUUACAUGUGUCAAUUGAGAAUAUGUGUACACAUUAAUGUUAGUAGGUUUUGCUUUGUCAAUCUUUAAUCCCUAUUCUCUUGGAGAUUGUGUUUUAUCUUUUUUUUUGAUGAUAUAAAGAAGAAUAAUGUGACAAAGAAUGUAAUGAACGAUCCAUCCAGUUAACUACUAAUAUCGUUACAUAUAUAUUAUGUAUGAAUUGAUUGGAACAAACAAUUGUAUGCUAUAUUUUCUCUAAUGUUUCUGUUCUUCUGUUUUGUUUUUUUUAAAACAAUGCAAUCCUAUAUCUUGUCUUUUGUUCUUUUUCUCUCGGUCUCUUUCUAUCUUUUCUCUUUUUUCUAGUAAUUUCAAUGUAAAAUGUUCAUAUGUUUUCACAAAAUACACAUGCAGAAAAAAUUAAUAAGUGAACAAUUAU